CCUCUCUCCAUCGGUGUCAUUUGACAUCAGUGUCUGCUGUGUAUAGAUAAGUUCAAGAAAGCUUUAAACCUAAUUUCUUUAAAUUUUAAACCUGAUCUAAAAUCUAUUUUUUUUUUAAAAUGUCUCUGCUGAAAAUCAGCCGCUUAGGCCUAAGUUUUACCGUGCCUGGAUCUCCAACAACGGUUACUGAAUUUAUUGAAACUUUUAAAAAAGAGUCAGAGCAGCUUGUACGGGAAACUUUUCCUCAAAAAGUGUUAGAGAUUGAUAGCUUGUUCAAGCAAGUGAAAGCAGAGGAUCCUAAAGACUUGGAGCAGCUAGCAGAUAUCCCCUACCCUGUACCACUAGAAGAAACAAAUAAUGUCAACGAUCCUUCAGGCGAGCCUGGAGCUAAAAAGAGAAAAAUGGAGGAUGAUGCUACAAACAACCACAGUCCAAAUGUUUUGGGUACACGUGUGCUAGUGUUUCCUGGUGGAUCAAUCCCUUACAACAAGUUUGUCCACAGCUAUUGUGAAAAGGCUAAGCCGUUGAUGCGAGGCCUUAUGGAACAUGCGAACAUGGUCAGAAUGUGGAUUAACUUCUUAAUUCCAAAGAUAGAAGAUGGGAAUAAUUUUGGAGUCUCAAUACAGGAGGACGUGGUGGCUGAGGCAAGACAAGUUGAAAGUGAGGCUGCCAGUUACCUCGAUCAGAUAUCCAGAUAUUAUCUCCAGAGAGCACGCAUCAUCUCAAAAAUAGCAAAAUACCCACACAUUGAGGAUUACAGACAAUCCAUUAAAGAGUUUGAUGAAAGGCAAAUGCUCAAUCUGCAAAAUGCUAUUCUCGAAAUGAGAAAUCACUACGCAUCACUGCAUGAUAUCAUCAUGAAGAAUAUUGACAAAAUCAAGGUUCCAAGAUCAGCCAAUGCCCAGAAUAUGUAUUGAUUAAAUCUUUUUGUGUUGAUUUCUUGAACUGAUUCAUCGGAUGGAUACUGUUACUUCAGUUGUAAAAUGGCAUAGGAUUCUAGUUUAUAUUUUGUAAUAAUAUGGUAUCCAGAAGUUUAAUGUAUGUCUUCAUGGCUAAAAUUUGUUGCAGCCAUUUUAUUAACAAAAAUAACUUGUCACAAAGGGUGUUAAGUUGUUCUGAUGGUCAUUUUUUUUUCACAAAUGGUUCAAGUCCUAGUAAAUAUUUAAAUUUUUGAAAAAGACAUUUCAAAUCAGGUUUUUUUUUUUUUAAGGUACUGAGUUUUAGAGGUUAAACAUGGCAUUUUAAAAUGUUGAAAAUUAUAUUUGCAUUUAAAAAUGUUUAAAAAAUAUUUACAGUGUAUGUUUACUGAACAGAUGUAUGUAUAGGUAUGUUUUAAACUGAAGAAAGCUAACAAAAACUUGUCAAUAAAAAAAGUUAAAACAUUUAA